AUGGCGAAGAAGACUCAAAAGCGGGGUCGCCCCUUCAAGAAGAAGCGAGUGGCAAGUCGUGCCCCAACAGCCUCGGCCCCAGCGAAAGCUACUCGGGCAGUGACAGGUUCAAGUUCAGGGCCAGGGGCUGGUGUUGAGCCAUGCCUCAUCCCAUGGCCCUCACUGCGACGGGUGUCCAGUGAGGCACUGCCUCGCAUGGGAACAGUGAAAGAGUGUAAGGAUGAGGAGGCGGGCAUACGGAUUCUUGGAUGCGAGGAUUUGGAUGCUCUUCAGCUUGAGCUAGAAACUCUGCUCAGUUCUGUUGUGGUGCGCUUGUCUCAGAUGAAUGAUCAGCUGACUGUUCUGAAAAGUUUGGAAACGGUUCCUUCGGGUAGGGGGCGUAAACAGCGCAAGACACGUGCUGUUAUAUCGGCCCCAGCUCCAUCACCAGCUCCUACUCCACCCAAUUCUGACGACAAGCUGUCAAUAAGCCGGCCACCUGUCCAAGUCCCUAUAAAGAAGUUGGGAAAAGUGCCACCCACUGCUCCAUCUCCAAACUCUUCCCCACCUCCGUGCAAACGUUCAAAAAUGCUUAAGAAAAGACCUGAUGUUGCUCCUAAGACAAAGCCACGUGGUAAACAAUUAGAGAAGGAUUUUGUGUCACACAAAUUCUGGAAUGCCCUUGAUCCGUAUUGUUGCGAUAUCUCAAAUGAUACUUACAAUGUAAUCUGCGAUACCCUGAGUCAAAAUCAAACUGAGGUCCCAUUAUUGUAUAACAUACCUCCCCUAGGCGAGCAUUUUACAAAAGAAUGGGAUUUGAAAAAUUUAAUGGAAAAUCAGGAUUCCUGCACUGCCUCUUCUUCGGCUUCUUCCCCGACAACAUCUAACUCCCCUGUAUCUCCUAAUACUGCUCGUACCUCUGAGAGUAUUGGCAGUGCAAUUAGAAGGAAAUUUCGGGAAUGUUCUUUGGCCCUUAAGCGGACUCUUUGUACAAGUGCUGAGAGACUCCCUCCACCUGUGUCCCCUCCUCCAACACCAGCCACCAGUAAGCUGAUGGCAGCCCUUUUGGGAGAAAUUCCCCCUCCAGUUGUACCUUUACAGGAAAGCAAGGACAGUAAUGUCAUAGUAAAAGUUGAAAAAGAGGAAGAUGACAAAACAUCUUUGAAAACAUCUCGCCCAAAUUCUGUUAGUAGUUCAAGCACCAGCAGUGACAUUCCACGAAAGCACCAAAGGAGGUGCUUGGACAGAAAGUUCCGUCUGGAGAAGGAGGCACUGGGGGAAUUUGAAACUUCCAGUAGAAGUGUAGUUCCCUCUCAGAGUGUAUUAGAAGAAUUGAAAAGAACCCAAGCAGAACUGAAGUUAGUUGUGGACCAUAACAGCUGUACCCUGGUAAAUCUAACAAAUAUUAUGGCCAAACAGUUCAAAAUUCAAAAUUUAAAGAGGAAGCUCCAAGAAGUUGAUGACUCUGUCAUUGACAUUUAUCACACUCGUACAUCUGCUAAACUUGCCAAGCAAACAAUUUCACAGGAAGAUGUUGAUCAGGCCUGGAAAACCCUGAAAGAAAGGGAUCAAAUUAUCAGACAGAUUGAAUUUCUGGAGCAUAAAUGGAACUCAAAAACAGAGAGCUAGUACUGUUGUUUUUUUUCUUUGUAAUGGUUUUAGUUUUUUCCAUGCAAGUUUGGCACUUAAAUUCAACUGUCAUAACACCCGAGAGUUUUGAGCAAACUGUUAAAUUUUUGGUGCAAUUUUUAACUGUAAAUUUCUUGAUUCAACAUUAUUCUUGUAUUCAUUUAAAUUGGAUUCGUUGUGUCUCGUGAUAAUUCCAAAGUAUAGGUAGUGGACCUUCAUUGAAUUAUAGCGUCUAAAACUUUAUGUGUCUAGUAUGUUGUGUGUGCGUUAUAUUUUUUUUUUUGUAUAAAUGUCCUUAUGGCUGAUGAGGAUGCAGAUAUGUGAGAACAACCCUAGAUGUAGCUUAUCUCUUUGUACCUUAAAUUCGUUUCUCAUGUAACUCAUUCUUCUCUCUCAUAAUUUUUUUUUAAUACUGUAGUAACUUUGAGCUUUACUUUUGUGCCAUUGUUAAAGAUAUCUACGGGUUACAAAACUUCACUCUGUUUGAAGUACUUUGUUAUGAAUGGCAUUGUUCUUUUAUUUCCUUUGUUAUUUCUUAUCUCAUAUGGAUUAGGACUAGCAAUUUAAAAUUGCUCAUGUAAAGUACAAGUUACAACUUUUUUCUAUCUGCAUUUUAUUCUACUCAUUCUCAUCUCAUGCAAUAAGUGAGAAAUCUAAGUUGUUUUUUUUGUUGUUGUUUGUUUUGUUUCUUUAUUUUUGUCUAUCUCCAGGGUGAGGGAAGAUUAAUUUCUCCUUUCCAAGCAAGAAAAUUGUCUUGUGUACUUUUACAAAAUAAUUGUUGCAAAAUGCUGCCUUAUUUCUUUUAUUUAUCCGAAGCUUUUGUGAAAAUUGGCUUAGGUUUUUAUGUUGUUGCAUUAAAAAUGUGUUCUAGUGUCAUGUGGAAACAAAAAUUUUGCACAAUAUUAUUUAUCAUAUAUGUUUUAUGGGGUAUAUUAGGUAUAAGCAUUCCACCUAAAAGAGUUGAGGUUGUAUUGAUUUUUGCUCAAUUGGAGAAGAAAGAUAUUGUCAGCUCUCACUUAAUUUUGUCUAGUCAAACUUGAUCUUGCUGAUUGUACAAUUAUCAGAGACGUUUGUUUGGGCAUUGGAUAGGAGUGAAAAAUCUGACAGUGUCACCUAUUUGGUGGUGUGCAGUUAUGUUUGCUUAUGUACCUGUAACUCUAUUACAAAAAUAAAAAAUAUCUAUGUUAUCAUAA